GGCGCCGGGCAGAGCGGCGCCUGUCCCCUCCCGUCCAAGAUGGCGGCGGCGACGGCGGUGUUGGCGGCGCGGAGCCUGGCGCGUUCCCGGGGAGGCCUCCUGCUCCCGGCCCUGCCCGGCGGGCCCCGCCCCAGGGCCAACCUGGCGUCCCUGGCGGGCCUCUCCCGUGGCAAGAAGGUGGCCCUGACCACGCUGGGUGUGCUGACGGCAGGCGGGGCUGGCCUGGCCUGGGCCCUUCACACCGCUGUGAACGCCGGCGAGCUAGAGCUGCAUCCGCCCACCUUCCCCUGGAGCCACAGUGGCGUGCUGGCUUCCCUGGAUCACAGCAGCAUCCGGCGGGGCUACGAGGUGUACAGGCAGGUGUGUUCAGCUUGCCACAGCAUGGAUUACCUGGCCUUCCGCAAUCUCGUCGGGGUCACCCACACGGAAGAGGAAGCCAAGGCCCUGGCCAAGGAGGUGGAGGUGCAGGACGGGCCCAACGAGGACGGGGAGAUGUUCAUGCGUCCCGCCAAGCUCUCGGACUACUUCCCCAAGCCCUACCCCAACCCAGAAGCAGCGCGGGCAGCAAACAACGGGGCGUUGCCUCCAGACCUCAGCUACAUUGUCAAAGCCAGGCACGGCGGGGAGGACUACGUCUUUUCCCUGCUCACUGGCUACUGCGAUCCACCCACCGGGGUGACCCUACGAGAAGGGCUGCACUACAACCCCUACUUCCUGGGAGAGGCGAUUGGCAUGGCACCCCCCAUCUACAACGAGAUCAUAGAGUAUGAGGAUGGCACCCCCGCCACCAUGUCCCAGCUCGCCAAGGACGUCUGUACCUUCUUGCGAUGGGCAGCAGAGCCGGAACACGAUCAGCGCAAGCAGACGGCUCUGAAGAUGCUGGUGACGGUGGCCAUAUUGACACCCCUCUUCUUCUACUUGAAACGGCACAAGUGGUCAGUGCUCAAGAGCAGGAAAAUCGCCUACCGGCCUCCCAAGUGACCCACGUGAGUGGUGCGGACCUCUCUCUGAUGCCAGAGCGGCAUCCGGGGCGCCUCUUCCUCUGCCCCAGGAAUGUAUGUACAGACCGGCAGGUGGACGGGCGCUCCUCACCAGUGCAUUUGAUGUUAUUUAAGAAGUCUCCAUCCGUUCAGUCACCCGCAAAGCCUUGGGAAGAGGACCCGGGGAUGCAGGGGUGGCGAGCACCCAAUAAAACGCGUUUCUUCAACCAGAACAAA